CAGCAGAUGCUCCCUCUGAGAUUUUUAUGCAAAAUGCAAGAGUGAACACUAUCUCCAAAGGACUGAAGAAGAGAAAUAAACUCGAUCGAGGCUGUGAAUGGUAUGUUUGUGAAGGCUUUCAGUACAUACUGAACCAGCAAGCGAAGGCUUUGGUAGCCUUGGGCGCAUCUCCACUGCUCAAAGAUGAAACUCUGUGUAAUAUUUGGCGGCGUUAUCUGCAAAAAACCCAACAGGCCUACACGAACAAACCAAUUGAUGUCCCUCGCAGAAAAAGGAUGGUUUCAGAGAUGGUUUCUGAUUCAUCAGAAUUGAUGACCAACUCAGAUGUUUCAUGGUCUUCAUUAACAGAAAGUGAUCCUGAAGCUCAAGAUAGUAGUAUUCAAUUAACCAAAGAUGCUGUUGUAUCAGAGGAUGAAGCAACAUCUAUACGGUCAGGAUCUAUUGAUGGCAGCCUAUAUCGACGAACUACUUACCGUAAAGAUCUGCUGAUGUCUAUGCCUUUGACACUGGCAUUUUGCUAUCUGGCACUGCUUUGGCUUCGGGAAUCAAUCACUCUUGCAGACCUCCUACGAUUUGUUUCAGAACGACAGAUACCAUAUCUGAACGCCUUCCAGUAUUUUCCUGAAGAAAUGAAACUAUACGGACCUGAUAUCCGUAUCUUUCAAGUACAGUCUAUUCCAUCCUAUGAAGAAAUUCAAAAGAAGAUGCAUGAACUUGCUGUAUUUCUGGAUAUGCCUCGAUUUCCUGAAAUAACAGAGAAGUGUUUUCUCCAUCCAGAUAUACUUUGUAUCAAGUACUUGAUAGAAGCUAACUUACCAGAGAACAUGCAUAUCUGGAUAAGAAGAUUGGUGAAGAAAAUGGGUAUUGGAGAAGUGGACUUUCUGACCUAUCACCCAUUGUCUAGAAGAGCAAAGAUGGUCAAGUAUGAAGUUCAGGCUGCAGCAGUAAUUGUGAUUGCCUUGAAACUGCUGUUUGUUCUUAAUGAUAAACAUGAGUGGUUGCUAUCUAACAGAGCGAAAGAGAUAAACAAACAAAACAGUGAAGGUGUUAAGGUCUUUCAAUUCAAAAAAUGGUACAUGGUAAUGAGAAACAGCUUGGACGAACGUGAAAAGGAAGCGGAAGACCAGGCAGCCAGGCACUUGUGGAAAUGUGAAAAGCCACUAUUCUUUUCUUUAAAAGACAAGUCGGUGAUCUACAAAAAGAAACGUAUGAUCCACAGUCUUAAGAAGCAAUUUAUUAGACUCACUGGUUCCCAUCAAACAGGGGAAAAGGAAAGACCUUCCAGUUUCAAAUUCAAUUGGAGUGAAGGCAACUUAGAGAGACCAUGCUUUCGUGAAGACAGCCUAAAAGAAUAUGAUUAUGAAAAAAGUAAAAGGAUCAGAACUGUCAAUGAUCGCUACUGGGUCAGUUGUCUAAAAAUUUGCAGAGAGAAAUCCUGCGGACACUUAACUAAGUCUGAAGAAGAGUAUUUUCCUGGAAGUUAUCUGUUUGUCCUAAAAUUGUUCUCCUUCCUGCUUGGAGUGGAGUUCUCCAUGCUACAUUUGGAGGUGUGUCAGUUGGAACAUAGACUCUUUAAUUUACGAGAAGCACUGAAGCCAAAAAGAAAAUGCAAGAAAACUAAAUAAUAAUGGGUUCUACAAAGAAAGAUGAUGACAUGGCACAAACAACUCUGGAGUCUGAAAUUGACGCUGUUGCACUGUUUUUACUGUAGUCGUUCAACUUUUACCUAAAUCAUUUUUAUAAAGCUGACUUAAAAGUGUUGCUCUCGUUAUUCAAAUAAUAUUUACUUUGGAAGUAAAAAUAGGCAAAUAGGAAUAACCAAAUGUACCUUUACAAUGUGCAAUAUCAACUUCCAGUGAGAUUGUUUCAGUAAGAUUAUUUUAAGUUUGUUAAGCUUAACAUCAGUGAAAUUUCUGUUACUUAUUUUGGCUGUUUGUGGUAAGGAGCUCACAUUUCCAAACCUGUUUUCCAAAGCAAAUUACAUCAUUACGCAAUAUUAAUUGUCAUAAUGAAUAUACCUUUAUUAAACCAGUCUGAUAAAAAUGCAUUGGUAUACAGAUUCUCCUACAUUUCAGUAUUUUUGUGCCAAGAUGGAACAUUGUUGUUUGACUCAGUUAUAAUUGUAUCAACACUUUCAUAAAGUAUUUUGAAGAACUUCGUGUUUAAUAUUUAUAUUUGUUUGACAGUAUGUUAUUUCAGUAUUGCUGAAAUAAAGACAUCUUGUUGAAUCUUUUCAUCUUACACUCACCGGGAUAAUUCACAAGAAUACAAAACAACAUUUAUAUGGCAUGAAAGGAAAAUGCUAAUUAAUUGGCAAGCGACCUCUGGUUGGUAGGGGUGUUACCAUGAAAAAUGCAUUGCUGCUGAUUGACGGUUAACUGCCAAACUUUGUUUAAUUUUUAAACUGAGCAGGUUGCCUGGUCAGGGCAUUGCCCUGAGAAAAGAAGCAACAAAUGACAAUCACCCAUCUUGUUGAGGUGAAAUGAGUGAAUUGUUCUGAAGAAUGCAAGUCAAAAAGUUUCGACUAAGUGUCUUUUUCAGCAAUACUUAAAUAUUUCUCCUAAAUGUAAUAAUGACAUUUAUUCAAUAAAGUUAUUGAUUUUUAUAACA